GAAGGGGAGGCUCCUGGGAGCGCCGAGGGCUGCGGGGUGCGGGCCGGUGUCCCGCGGCGGCCGGGCAGCCCCACGGCCCGCUGCCUUCCCCCGGUGCACCCUUCCCUGCCCAGAUCCUGGCGAGGCGGCUGCUCGGCGGCUGUAAAACCGCUUAAACGCGUCCAAGCGCUCUGCUGGGCCGCCGCCUGCAGCCGUGGUGAUUUCGAGCAGGGGAAGAUGAUGUGGGCGUGCUGCAGGAGUGGGUGGGACCGGGCCGCGAUCAAGACCUCAGUGGCAGCGCGCUCCGGACGCACGGCCGUGCGGGACGGACGGAGCGGAUGAGUGCGUGAUGUCGAGCAGUGGGCAGUCCCCGCAGCCUUCCCCGCCGGCUCGGAGCGUCAUGUGCCAGUAUGAGCAGUGAGAGGGAAAAGCGCGCUUCGGAGCUCAGCAUCCCCGCGAGAAGAAAGGAGGAACUGAGUGGAGAGGACGAAUGACUGUACUGCUUGCAAAACUUGUAGCGAUUCACUUUUUCUCCUGAGGAGUUUUGUCUUGGCUGCUGUGAGAGCUGAAAGAGCGAGCGGAACUGCAGCAGUGAUUUCCUCGUGGUCUCUUCUCUCUGCUUUUAUUUAACUUUUUCCCCCUCGUGCCCGGAUUGAAGACUGCCAGCUGCACUGUUUGCGAGCAGUGGACACCAAUAUGUGUCAUGUCAUUGUAACAUGUCGGUCAAUGCUAUGGACUCUCCUGAGCAUCGUCGUGGCUUUUGCGGAGCUCAUCGCUUUCAUGAGCGCGGACUGGCUGAUUGGCAAAGCCAAACCGGUCAGCACCGAGGACAUGGACAACAGAACAGGAGGGCCGCAGGAACCCUACCGCCCGACCCUGGGAAUCUACGGGCGCUGCACACGGAUCUCUCACAUGCAGCUCUCCAGGCGAGAUACGCUUUGUGGCCCCUACGCUGAAAACUUCAGUGAGAUUGCCAGUGGGUUCUGGCAGGCGACCGCUAUUUUCCUAGCUGUGGGAAUCCUGAUCCUCUGCGCCGUGGCAUUUGUGUCUGUCUUUACUAUGUGUGUGCAGAGUAUUAUGAAGAAAAGUAUUUUUAAUGUCUGUGGGCUGCUACAAGGGAUUGCAGGCCUCUUCCUUAUCUUAGGCUUGAUACUUUACCCUGCAGGUUGGGGAUGCCAGAAAGCAAUAAGCUAUUGUGGACAUUAUGCUUCUGCUUACAAACUGGGAGACUGCUCCUUGGGCUGGGCUUUCUACACGGCUAUUGGUGGCACUAUUCUGACGUUCAUCUGUGCAGUCUUCUCGGCGCAAGCUGAAAUCGCCACAUCCAGUGACAAAGUGCAAGAAGAAAUAGAGGAAGGAAAAAACCUUAUCUGCCUCCUUUAAUUCCAGUGGGAAAAAAUACCAGUGCCUGGAUAUUAAUUUGCUAUCCGCUGACUCGAUGAGGAGAUCCACUUAACAGGUUCCACAGUUUGUGUGAUUGAGCCCCAUGCAUUCCAGCCCUGAACUACUGAAAUGGUCUUUCUUCCGUGUUGGGCAAUGAGGAUCAGAGAAAAGAUCCCAAGAAAGGAGAAUGUAAACACAUGGGGAUUUUUUAGUUUCAUUAUAUUAUCAGGAGACUGUGGAGUAUAUUAAUCAGAUUGGGGAUGUGAGGAAUCAUAUAUAUAUAAUGGGGAUAUUAUUACAUAGCUGACAAAUUCUGAUUGAUUGGAUUGCCUUACCCACCUUGGUCACUUUAAAAAAAAUUGGAUUUAAAAUAAUAGAAGCCAGCACAUUUUUUUUUUUACACAACCAAGAAGCCUAUUUUAAUUAGGCUUUCUUUUUAAGUGCUCCCCUCACCUGUGAAUCUUUCACCACCACCUGGUUUGGUACCGUAUUUUUAAUUGAGGUGCUUUUUCAUACUGAACGUCCUUACAGCACAGUGCCUUCUCAGAAAGUAAGUAUGCGAUGGAGAGAUCAAAGCUGACAUGAUGCAGUUCACACAAAUCUUUAAACAGUUAAGGCUGAAUCCCUACCACAUCUCCUGCCUGAAACUUAACAACACAAGGUGUGUGCCCCUUGUCUAGCAAGUUAAUUGUUUUCACUGACCCCGUAGAGAUGCUGUUGUUAACACUGGUUUUCACUUGAAUCUGAUGCAACUAUUAGAAAUACCAUUUUACUGUAUGUUGAAACAGCAACUCUGCCUUUAUCUGAAAUCCCCCAAAUCCCAGGCAGAUGAUAACUCCCCAGAGCACAGCUGGGCAUUAUUUUGUGAAUGCCAACAGCUGGAGCUGGGCUUUAGCCUCUUGUACAAGUGUACAUCAAAUGCUGGACUUCAGUGGUAUUAUUCUUCCUUUUGCCUGUGAAACUUCAUUCCUAGUCUGCAGAUCAGUUUCAUCUCCAAGAACCAGCUACAUCCUUAAGAAAUUUACAUUUUUCAGGAAGUCACGCCAAAUUCUUAAUGGCUGUGAAGAUCUUUUCCCAUUUUUUGAACCACAU